AUGGCUCCCACCAUCACCGCCGACCAGUUCCUCGCCGCCGCCAAGCACCGCCGCACCGUCUACGGCCUCAAGAGCACCUCUGCCGUCUCCGACGAGCGUGUCAAGCAGAUUGUCGGCGAGGUCCUCUCCUUCGCCCCCUCCUCCUACAACACCCAGCCCGGCCGCAUCACCCUCGUCACCGGCGAGAAGCACAAGGGCCUGUGGGAUGCCAUCACCAAGGAGGCCGAGCCCAUCCUCAAGGGCGCCGGCGAGGAGGUCUGGAAGACGAUGAGCGGCGUCUUUGCUGCCCACAAGGGCGCUUACGGCUCAGUCGUCUUCUGGGACAGCCAGGAUGCCAUCAAGGAGGCUGGCACUAAGCACCAGUCUGGUGCCCACAUGUUCCCCCAGUUCGCCGACCACAGCACCGGCAUGGCCCAGAUCCUCGUCUGGACCGCUCUCGAGCUCGAGGGCCUGGGCGCCAACCUGCAGCACUUGCAGGCCAUCCCCCCCGUCGAGGCCGUCAUCAAGUCCUACCUCGGCGUCCCUGCCGACUACACCCUCAAGGCUCACCUCAACUACGGCGACCUUGCUCAGCCUCACCCCGAGGCCGUCCCUGAGAAGCUGCCUCUGAGCGAGACCCUCAAGGUUGUUGCUUAG